UUCUUUCUGUAAAUUCGCGCAUAUACUUAACUAACGGAUGAUAACCCAUGCAUGAUAGUUCCAUGUUUACGUAUUGGUUAUAAAUGGAUUUUUCGGCAUCAAAAAUAUAACCUGUGGUUCAAGAUGUAUUUUAUUUGAAAAAUGUAGAAAAAAUGUUGCCCAACUAAUAACAAAAUAAAGCGAUGAUUUGCGUAGAUUUGUACAAAAACGUGGUUGAUUGUUACUCUACUUGGAAGAAUAUUUAAAAUUUCUAAAAUGACAAGGAAAUGUAUCAUGUGUAAAAGUAAAAACUAUAAAAAUACGUACAGUUUCUUUUCGGCGCCAAAAGAUCCGGAAAUUCGGCGGUUAUGGCAAGAAGCAAUAAAAAUCAAGGACUAUACUGUCAAUGAGGAUACGUAUGUAUGUAGCAAACAUUUCACAAAAGAUGAUAUUAUUACACACUGGGUCAGUGGAGUUCCUCCACACGUCAUUACAAUUAAAUACAAGAAAUGUAGAUUGAGACCUGGAGCUGUUCCUGUUCCGCUUGACAGCACAAAUAAUUCUGUUAAUGACACUACUUCUGAAACGCAGAAAAAUGGCAUUAUUUUAGAUGGUAAGAAAUAUUUCAUAGAGCCAAAAAAGAAAGAUCUUGAUAGUAGUAGUAAAGUACACAAAUCUGAAGAAGCAUCAAAUGAAAGUUUAAAUUGCAAUCUCGAAGAUGAAAUUUAUGAAUAUAUACCAGAAGACUCGCAAGAGCCAGAAGAACUGGAAAUUGAAACAAAUCCUACAAGAACAUCAAAGAGACAGAAACUCAAUGAUAGAAACACCUCAAAUCAAGAAAUUAUGUUAGUUGAUUGUACAGAUGAUGAUGCAGAUAUUCAAGUCAAUGACAUUGAGGUGGAAAAGAACAAAAGUAAUAAACCCUUAGAUGAUCUUGAUAAUACAGAGACUAUUGUGACAUAUGUACCUAAAAGAACAUACAUCAAAGUCAAAAAAGGACUAAAGAAAGCAGAUUCUAAUAUCCUAAGUGAAGAUAUGGUAUCAUCAAUGAAUUGGCAUGAUGCCGCGAUAACAGAAAAAUUUGCGAUCCUAAAAGAUAAUAUGGAUGAUAUAAAUGAAAACUUGAAUAAAAGUGACUAUGAGCCUGUUCAUCUUGCACAAGAGAUUAUUUAUUGUGAUAAUACACUGUCUUUUGAAGAUUUUAUAGAAAUGUACAAUGAAGUAUCUUUGCCCAGCAGUUGGUUUACAUCUUUGGUUUCUAAAGAACAUGAUACUACUGUAAUAUAUUGUUGUAUGAAUAUUUCGAGCACAGGAAUGCCUUAUCUUGAAAAAAAGAUAUUUCUAAGCAAUAACAUGAUCCUGCGAUGUGGAGUCUUUGAUAAAGAAAUCAACAUAGCUAAAAUUUGGAAAACUGGAGGAAAUCAAGUGGUUACUGCUUUAGCUGAUAUAGAAGAAUUUAUAAAAGAUUUUGAUCAAAUGUCAAUAUGCCCAGGUAUCCUAGGUGAAAAUUUUGUAGAGAACAGUAAUCAAGCUGUAGUUACUCUUGAUGGUAGUACAUGGAGACAUAGUCAAUGUUCAAUGAUUUUAAGUGAAAAUCAGACAACUUGUCUACAAUGUGCCUCUUUAAUGAGAAGAAAAAAGUCGUAACAAAAGUAAAGACUAUUAUGGUUCAUGUAAUUAUGCAAAAAUUAAAAUAUUAAUUUUUUUUUAAGCAAACUAGAAAAAAUGUAUUGCAGAUUUUGUUAACGAGAUAAUAACGUUCCAAACAUGAAAACGUGUAAAAUACUAUCGUUUUUUCUAAUUUGUCGUUAUCUAAAGGGAAAAACAUGAUUCUUAGAUAAUAAAUUAAAAAUUUUAAUUCUAUCAUAUAGAAUUUAAUUUGUAAAUUACUAUAUUAGUCAACAUAAAAAUAAGUUUAUGCAUAGUUCAAAGACUGAUUCAAGUCGAUCAUUAUUAUAUUUUAUGUAAAAUUAUCUUUUCUAAGUUAACAAAUGUAAAAAUUAGAACAAUAUUUUACAACAUAGGCUUUUUUCUUUAAAAAAUACAUGAAUGUACUUUUACAUCAUUUAGCCUUUGCAAAUUUGUACAUAGAUAUAUAAACAUUAAGCCCAAAUAUUAAUUAUUGUGUAUUAUUUGGGCUUUCUUGUAAAUUUUCUUCUUGAUGUACGAUCUUUUUCGUCGAUUUUAUUAUUUUUCUGAAAUUAAAGUGAAUUUUUUGUAAAAAA